CCACGGCCCCAGCCCGCAGCACCAUCAUCAAUACCCACAAUUUUACGUCAACAAUACACUCCGAGGAGUCGUGAACUGUAGAGCGCGCUUGAGCGGCACUGAAUAGCGUACCUGGUUCGGAUGCUACGGCAGUGACAACGCGUGCCAGCAACACAGCACCGCACCAAGCAUAGCCUGCGCCUGCGGUCACUAUGCGAGCCCUGCUCGCGCUCUUCGUGGGGCUCCUGAUAGUCGCAGCGUGCAAGACCUGCGCAGCACUCAUCACUGGUCGACGGUACUGCGGCCACCGCCUGCUAGAUUGGGGAUUUCCCUACGACCAACUGCGAACCGAGUUGCGGUGGUGGAACGCGUGCGACUCGCCUUCAGGAGUCAACGAGGCGCUAUUCCGCGUUUACGAGACGUGGUUCGGGGACUGGAUGGUUUCGCUCGAUGAUCCGUGUUGCAUGGGGUGUAAUGGUAAUCGCACGAGGACGUGGGAGGAUGGGUGUUUGCCGCGGGUUGUGAAUGCUACGUGUACGUUUGUAUGCGACUGAGGACUGGAUAUCCUUAUCGGAGCGAUUUUUGGCGGCCAAGCUAUAGCUUGCUCGGAUAAUGGGUGGGAGUAGGUAGUGGGUGUUGAUAUAUACAGCCUCAUAAUACAUUUAAAACCAUGUGGCUGACCUAGGCUCGGCCAGGCCCUCCUACGUGGGGGCUUGGUGCAGAAGUAGAUAGGCCGCUAAUACGUCUG